GCCGGGGCCAGUCGGGCGGCGGCGGCAGUGGUGGCGGCGGCGGCUGCUGCUCGGGGCGCGGGGUUCCGCGCGGACGGAGCGAGGGAGGGACGGCGCUCAUGGCGGCCGCGCCGCGCGGCCUCCGGGGACGAGUAAAGCUUUCCACGUUUGGUUCUGAGGUGACUGACUGAGGGGAGCGGCCCAAAGGAGUGGCCCAUCUCUCCUUCUGAGUCCCCUCCUAGCGCAGGGGGCCACCUCCUUGGAACUGGAGGUCCAAGCAAUCUUUCAGACAGAAGUGAUCUCCGCCAGUCAAGAAACCAGCCAAAGUCUUUCACCAUGGAUCUAGAUGAUGAAGAAACCAUGAGUUCCAGCAGUGCCGACGUCAAGGAAAACCGCAACCUGGACAACGUCCCGCCCAAAGACAGCGGCGCCCAGAGUGCGGGGGAGGCAGCUCAGCUCACCAAUGGCGGAGGCGCCGGUGCCGGCAGGAAGAGACCCCUGGAGGAUGGCACCAACGGCCACCCCAAGUUCCGCCUGAAGAGGAGGAAGAAAAUCCCAGGGCCCAUUUUGCCCAAGAACGCUCUGAUGCAGCUCAAUGAGAUUAAGCCUGGCUUGCAGUACAAGCUCCUCUCCCAGACGGGUCCGGUGCACGCGCCUGUCUUCGUCAUGGCCGUCGAGGUGAACGGACAGGCCUUUGAGGGCUCCGGCCCCACCAAGAAGAAGGCCAAACUGCACGCGGCCGAGAAGGCCUUGCGUUCCUUUGUCCAGUUCCCCAAUGCUUCGGAGGCCCACCUGGCCAUGGGCAGGACCCUCUCGGUCAACACCGACUUCACCUCGGAUCAAGCCGACUUCCCCGACACCCUUUUCAAUGGGUUCGAGACUCCCAUUCAGUCCGACGCUCCCUUUUAUCUGGGUUCCAAUGGAGACGGCGGCUUCAGCCCCAGUGCCGACUACGGCGUGUCGGUGUCUGCUGUCCCCAGUGCCCUGAUACAGUCGCCCCUCCCCCUGCCCAUCCCCUACCCGUCAGCGAGUGGCAAGAACCCCGUGAUGAUCCUGAACGAGCUGCGGCCGGGCCUCAAGUAUGAGUUUCUCUCGGAGAGCGGCGAGAGCCACGCCAAGAAUUUUGUCAUGUCGGUGGCUGUGGACGGCCACAGCUUCGAGGGGUCUGGGCGGAACAAGAAGCUGGCCAAAGCCCGGGCUGCGCAGUCCGCUCUCGCCUGCCUCUUCCACAUGCAGCUGGACCAGACGCCCUCUCGGCAGCCCAUCCCCAAGGAGGGUCUCCAGUUGCAUCUGCCACAGGUUCUAGCCGAUUCUGUGGCCCGCCUGAUCGUGGAUAAGUUCAGUGACUUAACGGACAACUUCACAUCCCCCCAUGCUCGGAGGAAAGUCCUCUCUGGAGUUGUCAUGACGACAGGCACCGAUGUCAAAGAUGCGCAGGUGAUAAGCGUCUCCACAGGGACCAAGUGCAUCAAUGGGGAGUACAUGAGUGACCGUGGCCUAGCGCUAAAUGACUGCCAUGCGGAAAUCGUAUCUCGGCGCUCCCUGAUUCGGUUCCUGUACACACAGCUGGAACUCUUCUUGAGCACACGAGAGGACCAGCAGAGAUCAAUUUUCAUGAAGUCCCAGCGUGGAGGCUUCAAGCUGAAGGAGACCGUCCAGUUCCAUCUCUAUAUCAGCACCUCUCCUUGUGGAGACGCCAGGAUCUUCUCACCCCACGAGGCCGCACAAGAUGAUCAGGCAGAUAGACACCCAAACCGGAAAGCAAGAGGACAGCUGCGGACCAAGAUCGAGUCUGGGGAGGGGACCAUUCCUGUGAGGUCAACCACGACCAUCCAGACCUGGGAUGGAGUGCUGCAGGGGGAGCGGCUGCUCACCAUGUCCUGCAGUGACAAGAUUGCCAGGUGGAACGUGUUGGGCAUCCAGGGAUCCUUGCUGAGCCUCUUCGUGGAGCCCAUUUACUUCUCUAGCAUCAUCCUGGGGAGCUUGUACCACGGGGACCACCUUUCCAGAGCCGUGUACCAGCGGAUCUCAGACAUCGAGGAGCUUCCACCGCUGUACAUGCUCAACCGACCUUUACUGAGCGGAAUCAGCAAUGCCGAAGCUCGACAACCAGGGAAAGCCCCAAACUUCAGUGUCAACUGGACGGUCGGGGACCCCAACCUGGAGAUCAUUAACGCCACCACUGGGAAGGAUGAAAUGGGCCGCGCAUCGCGCCUCUGCAAACAAGCGCUUUAUAGUCGCUGGCUACGCAUCCAUGCCAAGCUCUCCUCCAACAUGCGCACCCAGAUCGGCAAGCCCCACCUAUACCACGAAUGCAAGCAAGGCGCCGUGGAAUACCAGUCUGCCAAAGAGUCGCUCUUCAGGGCCUUCCUCAAAGCGGGGCUCGGAGCCUGGGUGGAAAAGCCCAUUGAGCAGGACCAGUUCUCUCUCAACUGCACGCCCUGACUCGCGGGACGGCACCUGGAGCCUCCGUCCCCACGAGCCCUCCCUCGCGGCACACAGUCACACGAGUGUACAUACACAUGUUCAGACAGCUACACGCGCACGCACACACGCACGCACACACACGCACACACCCUUUUAGGAUUAACCAGCAACUGCUCUCAUUCUCUUUUCAUGUUUUGGAAAUCUAAUCGUUAGCUCGUUUUGUUUUAUUAUUGGAAACUCGGGUGUCAUUCUCUAGCAAAUCCAUCUGUCUCCUAGCGGCUACCGCGUAGACCGGGUCUACCUUUGACGUCUCCAUCUGAGUCGCCCCGCCCUGGGUUUGCCCUGGCCCCGGAGCUCCCUCCCCCCAUUUAAGGCAAUACAGGCAGGUGCACUACAAUGCAUAGACUUGCAUUGGGGUUUUCACAGCGUUUUUAGGGGGCGGUUUGAAUUGUUCUAGAACUCAGCUCCCGAAUCCAUCUCUGCUUCGUCGUAAGCAUUUUGGGAACGAGAGAGGGUGUGCGCGACGAGGCGACGAAGCCAGAGGGUGCCUGCGGAAAGCCUGCUUGUCCCUACCUCCUGGUCCUCGAAAAACCAGCUGCCGAGAAAUGGUCGUCGCUGUGUGGAUUUACUAGUCUGUGACCCAGGUCCAAGUACUUGUCCUUUACCUCCCAUUUCCACACAGUGUAAAGUCUUAAUUUUGUUUUUUAACCAUUAUCAACUGGAAACCAAGUAGAGGUCAUUUGUAAGUUCUGCAGUUAGGUCUAUAUAACGUAGAAGUUGACUCUUAGUAGCUGAUUUCUCCCCGUCCUCCCUCUCUCUGUAGUUAUAUAUACACAUAUGUACACACACAAACACACACACAUAUACACGUACCCAGGAAUUCAGAGUACAAUCACAGCUUUAGCAUUACUAGGGCACCUUUAAGAACCAGCGUGAUUAGUUAGGAAAGUUUGUUGGAACGCCAGCACAAUGUUUGAACGCCAGCCAGUCCCCGAUGCCCCUUCUUCCUGAGUGACGGGGAGGGCCCCUUGGGGGGCUCUGCUUUGUGAACCCUCAUUCCAGGGUUCUUCCCUGAUCGAUUCAUGUUCAUCCUUAAUUUGACCCUGAGUCCCAUGGGUUUGGGGGUGGGGAGUGGGGAGGGAGGCGAGGUCCUGUGGAACUUGAAUCUGCAAACCUACUGGCCCCUCGGUGGAGAGUGAGAUCGGGGCAGAGGCAUCAGAGGUCGCUGUUUCUGCCCAUCAGACCCUUGAGUAGAAGGGUCGGAGCUACCGUGCGUGUCUCCGGGCUCGGGUCCAUUGCCAAGGAUGGCUUUCCAGGCCAUUGGUAGGGGGCGCCUCUCUCUUACAUGGAAGUCUCAUUUGCCUAAUGUAGCAGCAGCAUCCCAUGGUUCGGGCAGCCGUGGAACCAGCGUCUGUGCUAAGGAAGGUGACACCAUUGCUGCUGCCAACUCCCCGGAGCAGCAACUACCUCAGCCUGGGCCGCUCCCUUUGGAUUAACCCACACCUGGCCAGAAAGGAUGAGAAGAAGGCAAGGAAGCAGCCUAGCCCGGUGAUUACAGAAAUGCUGUAUGAGGUUGUGACAAGGACCCUUCCACAUCAGGUCUUGGCAAAAGAAAGGAAAAUCGAUUUUCAAAUGGGAAAAAAAGAGCUUUGGCAACUGUGGACGUAUUUGUUAAAGGGCCCUUCGGAGGUAGAUAUUACGAGGAUGAGGAUUGCUGGGGGAAAGAGGCUGCAUCCACUCAAACAGAUGGAAAAUGGCUAACCCAGAAACCCAGGUUUUAUGUGAGAGGAAAGCAGAAAGCUGCAUUGUGUUUAGAAGGGAUUUUUUUCCCUGAAGGGAGGAGUGGUCACUUCUAUUAGUUUCUCAAAUUAUUUUUUAAGAAUUUAUUUUUUAAAAAGGUCUGUUUCAGAAUCUGAGCUCUUAGGGAAAGGGCCUUUUGAAGUCCCUGAAAUGGUGAAAAGAAUGGGAGCGAUUUUGCACAAAAAUCUUGAACAGUUAUGGUUCAAGGGCAGGGGACCAGGGGAAGGACGGCGUCUUCAGGGGGUCUAUUUGUUGUCUUUGUGUCUGAUCAGUCUUCGGGCAGUAAGUUGGGUCAUCAAGGAAGCUUCUGUGUAUGUGGAGGAGGACGAGUGGGGGAGGCUGCCCAGAGUCAUCUGGGAUUCCCUCGACCACCGGAGAGCUCUGCUGUGGUCUGGUCCAAAAGACUGGCUCUCUGCACUCCUCCGCGUUCUCCCCAUUUGCCCAGAGGGGCUUUGUCAAGUCCAGAGCUCAGAUGCCAAGUUCACCCAACUCGGGACCUCCUCCCUUUGCUGCCAUCUCUUUCCUGUCCCUUGUGGGUCAAGAUGGCAUCAGUCAUGGAAAGUCUUUAAUUGCUUUAACUUUGAACAAUCAAAGAUGGAAACGUGCCCAUUGAUGGCCACAAGAGUAGGGCCCCCAUCUCGCCAGGUCAGGUGUCCUUCUGAGGAUCACUUGUGCCGCCAUUGGGACAGAACAUCCUGAGCCGUGGUGGCAGCUCCCAGGACGGCCUCCUGCGUUCUUUCUUCCCUAACCCCCCUCCUUAUUUUCAUUCUAAUGAGUAAGUAUGAAUGUUUGCCUCAGGAUCAUCACAAAAUGGAAAGAAAAUGAAUUAAGCAGAUGUAAAUACUUGAAAAAUAGAGCGAGGUUUUCUUCGAUUCUAUUCUAGCUUUAUCAAAGACGCGUUUGACAAAUUGAAAUGGUUCAGCCUGGAAGGCUGCGAGACAAUAUGAUGUAGGCGUGGGUCAGGUCGAGUGGACACUGAGCCUCAGAAGACUCGCGGUAGUUGCCUUGUGCUACACUCAGGAUCAGCGAAGGACUCUACGUGAAGUUGUCUUGCCCUUUGCCACUGAAGCACACAUUUUCUGGCUGGGAAUCGGGUCUCCACAAGACCCCACUCCUGCAAGCAUCGGUCACUUACAAGUAGGGCUCACGAAUGACAGCUGUGUGGCACUGCCAGGGUGGGGCCACCAGCUGUAAUCCUAGGUGACAUUUUUCAUCUCUCUCAGAGUUGGAGAAUCAGAACAUGGCGAGGAUGAACACAAUACCCAUCCUCAUACCUAGUGUCAAAACUCCCCACUGUCCGUAUUAGGUGACUGCUAAUGGGUGCGAGGCCAGCCCUGAAGGAGGGUGAGAGCAGAGCACGCCCCUGCCACACCCACCAGAGCCCACCCCGGAGAAGAGGCAUUUGCACAUUGACGGAGGCUUGACUCGCGUUCAGCACGACCAGGAAGGGAUCUCUUCUUUACAAAAGAUUCAACUCUUGAAGACUCUCCUCCACACCCGCCAAGCAAACAGAACGGAGCCCCUUUGGGUUGUCUUGUUACAAUAGGUUGGAGGGCUUCGAGGGGUUUUCCUGCCUAGAAGCUAACAAGCGUCUGAAUGGUGUCACUGCCUUGGAUGGAGGCGACCUCUUGCACUGAAGAAUACCUUGUAUGUUGUUGCAUUUUUAUUGUUGUCCAUAGAGAAGACGUUGUAUUUUUUCUAAGGGGGUGGGGAGAGCUUGUAAUUCAAAUCAUGCUAUUUUUAAGAAAUUGUCUAUUGAAGCGCUGCUCUAGAAAUAUAGGAGAGUGAGUCGUUCUGCUUUGUCCAGCAUGUCCCGGCUGUGUGAUAAGGGUUCCAGUACCCCGCUUCUCCUCCCCGCACUGCUGUGCCCUGUGGCCUCGUCCUCUGAAUGGGGACAGAACCCUUCAACGUUUGCCAGCCCCUUACUGGGAGCCCUUUGUUUCCAAGAUGGAGGAGGCUGACCUCACAGGUGCUGUCGUCUGGAAAUCCGGCUUUGGGAGCUGCCCGAAGUCUGCGAUCAAGGGUUUCCCUCUUAAGGAAGGGAUUCCCUUCUACAUGCGGGGUGCCCUGAAUGGCCCAGACCCUCGAUCGAUCACUGCAGGGGUAGGCACCACCGGGUGGGAUUCCCAUGACCCUUCGAGGGUCACCAUGAAUGCUAGGGUCAAUAGGGCAACAGCUUGCAACUUUGUGGAGGUGGGAGGGCACAGAGACUCCCUACCUUAGGCCAGAACAACCUCUUGUCUUUGCCGGUAGCCUCCUAGGUUGCCCGGGCAUGAUUUGAAACCUCCCUUUAUCAAGGGAAUGCUGCAGCCCAGGCCACUGGAAGUCUGAGUUCUGUACCCAAAGAUUCAAAUAGUUUAAGAAAAAGAAGCCUCCAAUGGCUUUAAGUGGCAAAUGGGGCAAGGGAGAUUAAUGCCUCCCAACAACAUGGGAGUCUACCCUGAUUUCCUGUUCUUUGAAUGAUCUGGGUUGUAUAGAAAGUGGCUUUGCCCCAGAAGAGGUCUCCCUGGAAGAUGGGAGAGAAUGGAGAGCUGUUUGCUCCAAGGCCGCCCUCCUGGGCUCUGGGAGGAAGCUUCCCCUCCCAUCACCCUUUGGCCACCCAUAGAUCGGCUGUUGUGGCCCCAGGGGUCUAGUUACCAAUGGAGUGGAUGGCUCAGUCCCAUUCCUUCCUGGCCCCUUGGAGUUUCAGCUGUGACCCUGCCAAAGGAGUAGAGAGUGGGUGUCCAUUUGAUGCGGGAGCUUUGUUGUAUGCUGGACAAUCUCCCACCCCACCCCCCAGUUUGGUGCCCACAGGACUAAUCCCCAGGUGACACUCAUCCUCACCAGUUGAGCCAAUGUGACUCCCUACCCAGAUGGUGUCUAUCUUGCCUCGUUGCUCAAGUCCUAGAUUUUUCAGGGAUGCCCCUCAAAGUAGCUUACAGCUGCCCCAACAAACAUUUGAAAAGUAUUCUGCCUUUGUAUUCCCAGUGCUUCGAAUGCAUUGGUUUGGUCAGAAUGGCACUUUAGAGGUAGGGGGUUUUCAAAAUGUGCCUGGCAUUGGAGAUGGUGCUUUCAGGAUGCCAGGUGGGUUGCUGGACAACAAAAGGCAUCAUUCAGUCUCUGCUUCCUCCCCAGUCCACUCUCCCCACCAAAUCAUUUCAGCUGCUAUAAUAUGCUCGGGGAAGUGUUUAGGGGAUAUUUCACAGUCACCUAAAACAUGGCAGGGUCCUUUUCAAGUAUUAAAAUGAAGGCACUGCACAGGAAAGGCCAAUGAAGACAGUCUGCCUUUGUUGUUUUUAAAUUCUGGGAAAUGAUAGUGCUCAUUGGGGGAGGGUAUUUCAGGUCAAACCCAAACUAGGUAGGGAGGGCAGAGGAGCAAAUCUAUCCCUUCCUCAACCUGUUCAUCAGCCAGGCCUCUGUGGGGGACAGAACAAGCUCCAUACAGGUAGAUGAAGGCAUAAGCAGCUUGCUGGGGCUCGACCCCCCCACUACACAUAAUGUGGGCUGGGCUGGGCUGGGGCUUCGAGCUCGGAAGCCUGGUACUCAGGUAAUGAAUGUGGGGUUUCUCUUAGUGGAAUUAUUUGUUUAUGUGCUAUCUCUUGGGACCUUAGUGAGCAGCUGUGGGCUCAAAGACUUGGUGGUGAUUCAGAUGUGAUUAGCAAGAGGCUCCCUAAGCCCUCUGGGGGCGCAGGCCACGUCUUGUUCUCUAUUUUGUGCCGACAGCUUCCUUCCUCGACAGAGGAAUCCCUGGACUCCUGCUUCAGUAUUCAGUGUCCCUCCAAAGAGCACCUCUGGUUGCCAUGGCAGCCCCGCUGGGGCUGUGUCGGGCGCUGAUAGCCCAGUCUCAAAAGCACAGUUUGUGAGGUGUCAGUGGAGGGAGCCCUCAAGUAACUUACAGUCGUUCGCUUUUCCAGACUUUGGGUUGUUUUCUUUGGAUUGUGGUUUUAGCAACUGGUCAGUUUAUACGAAUAUAACCCAGCUGAGAAACUUGUCCCUAAGAUUAAGCCCGCAGUAUUCUCUGUACAGAUAGACAAUAUUAUGGCCUGCAUGAGCUUUCUCUCACACUGAGACCUAGCCGGAAACAAGCAUGAGACACUGUCAUAUGUAGACAAAGGGAUUUCAAGUGUUCUAAAUAAAAUACAUUGAACUACA